AUGCUCAAGCUUUUAACAUACUGCCUCUUGGUAGUUCCAAGAAUCGUUACUGGUCUGACAACGCAUGAAUACAACUUUACAACCGGAUGGGUUCAAGCGAAUCCAGAUGGCAUGCAUGAGAAGCAAAUGAUAGGAUUCAACGGCGAAUGGCCAAUACCUGACAUACAUGUAAACACAGGAGAUCGUGUAAUAAUCCGAUUGACGAAUGGGUUUGAAGACCUGCCUACUUCUCUUCAUUUCCAUGGACUUUUCCAGAAUAUUAGCAAAGGAAACAGCAAUCACAUGGACGGCCCGCAAAUGGUAACCCAAUGCCCUAUUCAGCCCGGUGAUACGUUUGUUUACAAUUUUACCGUACCAGAUCAGGUUGGGACCUAUUGGUACCAUUCUCAUUCUGGUUCUCAGUAUACCGAUGGUAUGAGAGCCGCGUUUAUCAUUCAUGACAAAGAUGAGCCCUUCAAGUAUGAUGAGGAGCUGGUAUUGCAGGUAAGCGAUCUAUAUCAUAAGCCCUAUUAUGAGGUCACAGAUGAAUUUCUUUCCAGGUACAAUCCAACAGGCGCGGAGCCUAUACCACAAAAUAUUCUUUUCAACAACACUGUCAACGCUUCUAUUGCAUUUGAACCCAAUAAAGCGUACCUAUUGAGGCUACUGAAUGUAGGAAACUUUGUCUCUCAAUAUAUCUACAUGGAGGAUCAUGAUUUCACGAUAGUGGAGGUAGAUGGUGUUUAUGUCAAGCCCAAUGUUACCAAUCUUUUAUACCUAUCGGUGGGACAAAGAGUAUCUGUAUUGGUACAUUCAAAGAAAAACGAUGGCAAAAACUAUGCUUUAAUGCAAGCUAUGGAUGUGACCAUGCUGGACGUAGUGCCAGCCGAACUACAGUUGAACAGAACAAUUCAGGUAUUUUAUAAUCCAAGUGUAGAAAAAGCAACCCAGUACUAUUUGAAUGAUUUCAGCAGUUGCACUAAUGAUUUUUACUUGACUCCCUAUGAUGAGCAAGAAUUGUAUGAUGAUUACGACUACCAGAUUAAACUUGACGUAAGGAUGGAUAACUUAGGAGAUGGCGUGAAUUAUGCUUUUUUCAAUAAUAUAAGCUACGUUGCGCCUAGAGUACCCACCCUGGUUACUGCAGUUACAGCACCUGAAGCCCUCGUCAAAAAUCCUUUCAUAUAUGGUGACAAUGUCAAUGCGUUUGUCCUUGAAUAUGGUGAGGUGAUUGAAGUUGUCGUGAAUAAUUAUGACGAUGGUCGUCAUCCUUUCCACUUGCACGGCCAUAAUUUUCAAAUCAUUCAAAAAUCGCCAUCCUUUGCAGAGUUGGAAAACGGUGACCCAGGGGAACCUGUUCCAUAUAAUGAAAGCUCGCCUCUGAAUACUUUUCCUGAGGAACCCAUGAGACGAGAUACUGUCGUCAUGGAAGGAAAUGGCCAUAUCGUUUUACGGUUCAAAGCGAAUAACCCAGGAAUAUGGAUGUUCCAUUGUCAUGUCGAUUGGCACCUUGAACAGGGACUGGCUGCUGUUUUCAUCGAAGCUCCUUUGGAAUUACGGAAGACAGAAGCUCUCACAGAUAAUUUCAAGCAAGUAUGCUCUUCUGGAAAUAUUCCGCUGAAAGGUAAUGCAGCUGGCCACGCUGAUGAUUGGUAUAACAUGGAAGGCUUACCAAGGCAACCGAACCAACUGCCCGAAGGCUUUACUUUCAAGGGAUACGUUGCAUUUGCAGUCUCGACCGCCGUAGCAUUGAUUGGGUUGUACACUAUUACACAAUAUGGGGUAAAUGAAAUUCCUCAAGACGAUGAAUUGCUCUAUAAUAAGCUUAAGAAGGUUCUUGAAGAUGCGGGCGAGACAAUUGAAUAG